AUGUCGUUCGUCAGUGGAGGCAGAGGAGGCAGCAGUCGCGGUCGCGGCUCAUCACCAUUCGGAGCCCCAGCUGGUCCAAAGACAACGCGUCCGUCCUUCGCUCCACGCGCCAGAGGAAACAACCAAGUCCGCUUCAAUGCCCAGACGAGAGGCGCGAGUGAAAGAGGAGGCAGGGGCACACUCCGCGGUAGCAAUGCCCCACGAGGAGGAGGCCGAGGACGUGGAAAGACAACAGCUGCGCCAACACCUUCGCCCUUCGCCGCGUCCGCCCAAGUCCAAGCGCCAGCACAAUCGAGCAAUGUCUCGUCCUCGUCUCCGUCCUCGUUCGCCGACCGCUUCCAGGCUCUCAAGAAGCGGCGCGAACAAGAACGCAUCCACGCCAUCGCCCAAGGCUUCCUGGCCGAUCCCGACAAGCCGCGCACUCUGGCCGAGGCCAUCACCCCCGUAGGAACCUGUCCGGACAUGUGUCCAGAGUUUGAACGUCUGGAGCGGGUCGUGCAAAAGGAUGUGUGGGGCCCUGAGCUCGACGACCAAGGUGCUCCCGCCGAGCAUCGCAUGGUAAAGAAGUUCAGACGCGCCGCAGCUGGCAUUGACGAGCAACUACCUUCAGACUUGCGCCCUCCCAGCACCCUCAAAUUGACAGUCGACUAUCUCUUCGAUGAAAUGGUUGCCAAUGCCGAGUCAUUGGGCAGCGUGCACCACUUUGUCUGGGACCGGACUCGCGCCAUUCGCAACGACUUCUCCAUUCAACAGAUCACAAAGCCUGCCGACGUCGCCAUCGCUAUCGAGUGCUACGAACGUAUUGCCCGCUUCCACAUUCUGUCUCUGCAUCAGCUCGCCAUCCCAGACAAGCCUUACGACAAGUACGACUGGUACCAAGAGCGAGAGCAGCUGGACCGUACACUAUUAUCGUUGAUGCAAUAUUACGAUGACUCGCGUGGCCGCGUCGAGUGCAAGAACGAAGCCGAGUUCCGCGCAUACCUCAUCAUUUUCCAAGCUCAGGACCCGACACCCGAUCUGGAGGAAAGGGUCAAUACCUGGCCCAUCUCUGUCAAGUCUGAUAGGCGCGUGAAGAUUGCCCUCGAUCUUAACUCUGCAGCUUCAAAUAUCGUGGACCCUCAGGGACCACUGAAACCUCGGGCUGUCUACUCGGUCGCACGAGAAGACUGGGCUCAAUUUUUCGACCUUGUUCGUUCCAACAAAGUCUCCUACCUCAUGGCCUGUGUUUCGGAGAUUUACUUCAAGCUUGUACGGCGCACGGCUUUGAAUGCGAUCUGGCGUGGAUUCAAAGGCCAGGUUUUCGAGUUCACUCUAUCCCUGAUGACCCGUAUUCUCGGUUUCGAUGACAACGAACAGACCGAGACUUUCUGUCAGCAUUUUGGCUUCGUCUUCAAAGCGUCCAAUUCUGGUGGAGAGGAUUGCUUGGACCUGGAUUCGGUCAAGGGUAAAACCUUCCCCGUAGAGACUCCCGGCUUAGAUCAUCAGACUUUCUCGGAAGACUUGGUCGAGGCGAAGCGAAUGGGCCGUAAUCUUUCUGCUGUCAUAGACGGUUGUACUGUAGCAGAAGCGCAAAACUCUGGUCUGAUCGAUGUCAGUUAUGACAGUCAGAUGGAGGACCAUGCAGAAGAUCAGGCGGAAGAUAGCCAGACCGAGGAGGACCCCGAUUCUCUCUUCAUCCCACAAGGCCCAUCUAAACCAGCUUUUGGAACAGCAGCCGUGUCGUCAUCGCCUUUCGCAAGUCCCUUCAAUUCGAUCAAACCGCCAGAAGAAGCUCAACCGCUGUCUCUCGUCUCUCAGCCAAAGCCAACGAGUUCUGGCUUCGGCCAGCCUUCAGCAUCAACUGGCUUCAGCUUUGGAAAGCCGUCCGUCAAGCCAAUUCCCCCAGAGGCAUCAACUCCCGCUUCUGCGUCUCCAUUCGCUUCAAUCUUUGGCCAGCAAUCUAAGAAUGAAGGUCUCAGCCCAUCUUCGAACCCCUUCACUUCCGCAAAAGUCGCCGUCAUCCCCGAGACUGUCACUAGUCCUGAACAAUCGUCCGAGUCGUCAGCCAGUUUGUUCUCUUUCACAAAACCUACUGCUACUAAUGGCAAGGCCUCGCUAAAACCCCUACCCACACAAGCAAGGACAUCUGAAUUCACAAACACUUCCAGUGGUCCUCCACUAUGGGGCACUCCUGUCUCAACCGCCGGUCAGCAAACCGCAUCUAUUCCCGCUCCGUCAUCAUCCGUGAUCCAAGCUUCUUCAGUCCAGUCGCCAUCAAAUCCUCCAUUCAGCUUCUCCUCUACAUCACAAACAACCUCACAGCCUUCACAGUCGCCACCAGUCUCUUCAAAAAGCCCUUUCAGCUUCUCUCCUGUGACGGAUGAUGCCAGCAAUUCACCAAAGCCAAUGCAACAAUCGACCGAACCAACACAACCUCCUGCCUCUCUUUUCAGCAAACCUGCACCCUUCCCGAGUGAAGCGCCUGCUUUUACUCAGGAUGCAUCUUCUCCAGCUAUAGUCAAUGGCACCCCUGAAGUACAGGCGGUCAAUGCAUCUCUUUUCGGAUCCAAGCUUUCACAGUUCAAUUUCAGUCAGCCCUCUCAGCCCAAAAAGCCAAGUCCCUUGUCACAGUCAUUUUCACUGGAUAACAAAAUCGAAAGCACGACACCAAAGGCUCCGACUGCAUCGCUAUUCCAGUCUUCUGUUGAUCCAGUAUCGCAUACUCCUGUCGUUCCACUACCAAAGCCCACGAAAUCCAAAGAUGAGAUACUUGAACAGCUCGCUCGAGAAGUUGUCAUGGAUGCCGACAGAGGGUUGAUUAGACAGUUUGUUGAAUACCAUGCUCGUCAAACAGUUAUGGGAGUCUAUGAUGAGUUAUAUAUGGAGAGUAUCCGGGAGCUUGCAGAUACCUUCAGGAGAGAGACUCUUUCCUACAGAUUUGGCAGAAGAUGGCGCGAAAUCUGUUGGCGAAGAAGACUGGCCCGACAGGGUAGAGAACGUCGCAAACGUGCCAAGAAGGAUCAGAGUGCGCGCGAGCUAAAGAGGAAGCUCGCUGCCGAAAAAGAUGCUGUGGAUGAUUUUCUCAAGUCUACAAGGUCAACUGCGCAGUCGGGCGCGAGCCUCCGGGAUUAUCAGAACAACCAAACGUCCCGAUUCAACGCUCAGACCCCUCUUGAGGAAGACACGGACCAAGCGACAAACAGCAGUAUAUAUGGGAACAAGAGGUUGAAGGGUCUGGAUGUGGUCGACCUCGAAACGCCUAGGAGAAAACAGCCGACCGCCACUCCACGCUCCAACUUCCUCGGCUUCAGUAUGCUUGGCUCUCGAAACCGACCUGCUAUAUCCAGUACACCUUCUCGGUCGAACUAUUUCCGCUUGAAGGCCUUGGGUAUCAACCCUGCAGGAGAUAUGAGUUCUGCAUCUCAAGCCAAGAAACGCCUAAGAGAGGACAGCGAAGAGGCUCAAACAGAAGCACAACCACCUAACAAGAAAUCGCAAACACCGCCAUCGGUCGCAGAGAUCCGUUCUUCGGGCUCUACACGUCCGCUCGCUCCGACAAGUACGAUUACGACAUCCCACAGUGGUCGUUCGGCAGGAACCGAGAUGCUUUCUCAGGCGCGGCGAGAAGACGAAGAGCUUUUGCCCGCGCGCGAGCGGCCAGACAAGCGAUGGUAG